GGGCUCCCAGGCUCGUCGGUUCCUAAAGCUGCCCGCGCCGGCUGCGGAAGCACAAGACAACUGCUAGGUGCUGAACCGCCCUUGCGUGCGUGCGGGGCCACGGGCCGCGGUUUCUGUGCCCUUCUGCGGUGAAGCAGGUCAGAAGAGACAGGAGACCUCCCAGACGCUGAACCACACGGCCCCGCCGCUGGCCUGUUCUUCUCUCCCUGGAGGGACUGUUGCUGUUUGAAGAUCUGGAUGUGUAUUUCUCACAAGAGGAAUGUGUGAGUCUGCAGCCUGCCCAGAAGACCAACAGCGGAGAAGCCUCGUUGGAGCGUUUUGAGGAUUUGGACUCGACAGAUUGACCUGGAACCUUGCAGUCCACCCACAUGGACAGACUUUUGAUUUUUGGAAGUCAAGAGAGCCUGUUGGCUCCUGAUUUUUUGUAUUAUUAGUGUCUGGGUAAUUAGCCAAUCCGUGUUCAGUUUCUGGUCUUCAGAGUAACUACUUUAACUUGUUCUUUCUCUAGUGUCACGUAAAGGUGGUGUCUAUGUUUUCCUUUGUUUUGCUUUUAAUCAGCAGGAGGGGAAGACAAGAUUGAGACCAAUCAGCAGUUAAGCCUAGAGUCUAUGGAACUUGAAGAGUUGUCUCUAGAAACAUACUCCAUUGCUGCACCCCUUGUCCACUACUCUGAAAAACCUGAGCAUGACGUUGGAAUGCAUGAAAAGAAGAUGUCAGGUGGAACUUUGACUUGUAAGACCAAGGUUAUAAGCCUCUUAGUUACCAUUGAAAACCAAACCCCAUUAGUAGAAUUAUCUCAGUGUUUAGGAGUCAAAACACUUUCUGAUAUUAUUGAAGUUCCCUGGGAAGAAGCCACAAAUGUGUACAAGUGUCCUGACUGUGACCAAAGCUUCAGUGAUAACACAUACCUUGUUUUGCAUCAGAAAAUCCAUUCAGGAGAGAAAAAGUAUAAAUGUAGUACCUGUGAGAAGACCUUCAGUCACAGAGCCAACCUGAGGACACAUAAGAGAAUCCACACUGGUGAGAAGCCUUACAAGUGUACCAAGUGUGGUGCCAGCUUCCGGCAGCAGUCACACCUGUCCCGGCACAUGAACAGCCAUAUAAAGGAGAACCCGUAUACAUGUAAUGUAUGUGGGAGAGGUUUUAUGUGGCUCCCAGGAUUAGCGGAACAUCAGAAGAGUCAUACUGAUAAAAAAUCUUAUGAAUGUGCUGACCGUGAUCAACCAUAUUGUCAGGAAACAAAUCUGGCUUUGCCUGAAAACACAGGCUCAUCAGACACCCCAUACCAGCAUACCCAGUGUGAGAAGAGCUUGGAGCACCCCUCGUACCCUGCUCUCCCUGAGAAGGAUCAUAAGGAGGACUCUAAGAACUACAGUAUUGAUGAUGAAGACUUUUUUUCAUUCUCCAGAUUCAAACCCUUACAGUGUCUUGAUUGUGACAUGACCUUUCCUUGUUUCUCGGAGCUUGUUUCUCAUCAAACCAUUCAUGACAUGGAAAAACCUCAUAAGUGUAAGACAUGUGGAAAAACCUUUGCUUUAGAUUCAGAACUUGCAUCCCAUGAGAAGCAGCACAUCAAAGAAGAACCCUUCAAAUGCACGGUGUGUGGGAAGAGCUUCCGAGUGAAUCUGCAUCUCAUCACUCACAAACGAACCCACAGGAGAAACACCAAGUAAAUACAAGCUUUGCCACUGUGUGAGCUUCUCAGUGUCUUUAUGAUGGGAAACCGCUUAUGUGCAGCAUUACGCUAAGCAAGCACUUUACACACAUUCCAGGUAAUGUAGGCAGUAUUAUUUAUUACCUCUGAUUUAGAACUGAGGCGACAUGUUACAUACAUAGCAUAUAAAGCGAGGAUUUGAACUCAGUUCCUGAUCAGAUUUCAUUUAUAUGAGCCAGAGAAACAGAAAACUUUAAAAUUUGGCUUUUGACUGCUGGGUGUGGUGGCGCACACCUUUAAUCCCAGCACUUGGGAGGUAGAGGCAGGUGUGGAUCUCUGAGAGUCUGAGACCAGUCUGGUCUGCAUAGUUCCAGGACAGGCAGAGCUAAAUGUGGGACCCUGCCUCAAAAACCAGAAUAAUUCAGUUUUUGUUAAAAUGAAGGUUAUUUCUACAUUUUUUUUAAAAAAAAGUUGGUUUCUAAGAAUUUUAGGAAGGGGAAAUUUAUUUAUUUUUUUGCCAGUUCUAUACAUGUAGUAUCUAGGAAAAUGAAUGUAUUUAUAUUUGUUUUUGUACUUUUCUUGUUAAAACUAUUUCAGUGAAAUGUUUGUAUGGACUAUUUUGUUUGAACUGUGAAUUUCUAGUUAAGGACUCCAUAUAAAGUUACCAAAUGGGCCACUUUAGUUUUUUUUAAGUGUGUGUGUGGGUUCUUGCUGUGUAGCCCAGGCUGGCCUCAAAGAUCAUCAUUUUCCUGUUUCUAUCUCCCAAGUGCUAGGAUUACUGGUAUGUACCAUCAUAUGCAGCUAGUUAACAGCUGGAUAACAUUAUUUGUGGAUUUCCCAUUUUCAGACCUGAUGGCAGGGGCAAGCCCUGAAUUCUCUAGCAGUUAAACAUCGUGGGAGUAUUUGCUCCUCUCUGAAGGGAUCUGCCUCUAGAUCUCCACUGAAUCACACCCUGGCUGGUUAUGAGUAAUUAGAACUACUUUUUUAAGAGAGCAUGCUAAAUAGUGUGGAUAUAUUAUUUCGUUUAAUCUUCAACAGAAUCCAAGAGAAAAGGUCUGUCCACGUUUUACAAAUAGAUGGAAGCUUUCAGAAGGUAAAGUCAAUGCUUUGCUAAGCACACAAAACGUCACACUGGUGAGGUUGACAUCUAAAUUCAGGUGCUUUCUAAUUCCUAAGGCCACACAUUUUGUGACCCUGCACUGUCUGUUGGUAUUUGUGCCACAGGUUAACACUAGGAGACAAGGAUGCUGGGGAAGGAGGGGAACCGCAGGCCUGGAGGCUGCCCUGGGACUUACUACCGUAUUCUUACCCAAAACUGGAUUUCAUUGCUCUUAAAAAGCAACAGAAGACUCUUUACAGCUUCAUACUUGAAAUUCUUGUCACUGUAUCAAACCAGAGAUUUUUGUUGUUAUUGUUUUGUUUUUGUUUUUUUUUCCAUUUUGAGACAGGGUUUCUCUGUAUAACCCUGGUUGUCCCGGAACUCCCUCUGUCCACCAGACUGGCCUCGAACUCAAGAGAUCUGCCUGCCUCUGACUCCUGAGUGCUAGAAGGUGUAUGCCACCACGAAAUGGCUAGAGACUAUUAAAUUGUAACAUUUCCUGUCCAUUUCCAAAGAAAAAUACAAUAGGAUUAUUGAGUUUUUAACCAAAAUAACUGAUAACAAAUAUACCUUUAGGUACUGGUAUCACAGAUAAAUAUUAGAACAAAAUAUUGUCAUAUAGUGUGGUUAUUAAAAGAACCAAAGAAUGUUGUAAGUAUACAUUCUUACAGAACUACACUUUACAACAAAAUUGAUUAUAUACCUAUCAUUAAAACUAUAUGGUCUUUUGGCUAAUAUGCAUUUAUGAUUGAUUUCAUUCUGUCUAAAUAGACUGUAAAAUGUAGUAUUUACUAAAAUGGAAUUACUGCUAGGAAAUUUCAUGCACAAAAAUAAAGCCCUCUUGAGGGCCAGUGGCUAAAAUGUAGUACCUGGGAUCGUCUCUUCUACAGAAGAGCAGGUUGAGGAUUUUAUGUACAAAAAGAUGCCAGCUGCGCAACUAAGCGCUUACUAUUUACUAGAGACAGGAAAGAUCACUGUUGCUGAAUGAGGAAAACUGAAGUCAACAGCCUUGCCUCACCUGUCGGCCCUCUCCUGGAGAUCACUAUUUCAACUUAUUUACAGUUGAGACUGUUUGAUCUGUAUGUCAAGGUCAGACCUGCCUGUUUCUGCACAUUUAGGAUAUAAACCAUCAUUCUGUCAGGGAGUUGGGGUCUCACAUUUAAAAUACCUUCUGGUCUCUUCAGCCCUUGGUCGGAGAUGCUUUGAAUUGUAUAAGAAGGUCCUCUGAAGUCUUAGCUAACUCUGGGAUAUGGUUGUUGUGAAGCAGCCACCAGAGUGUUCGUUUCCCACUGUCUUUCUCAGAGCAGGAAGUGGUGUGCUACUCCAUAGGCUCUAACAUUUCCGUGCAGACCCUUGAGCUACAGGAUGGGGAGUGGAGCUGGCAAAGAGGCCCUUACUAAUAGGGCUGGUACAGAAAGAACAAAAGAGAAAUGUGGCUGAUCUAAAGCUGGAAGUUGUCGCCACUAGGGAAGCACAAAAGAAGGUGAGUCUGUGCUGCAGGCACUGCUGCGCAUCUUUACGUGGAAUUCACAUUUCUAGCUGGGGCUCAGUCACAAUUUACCUCUCAGUGUUUGUAGUUUUCUGCAUUCUCCAGACUUUGAA